GUGUUUGCAAGCCAUUUUGUGUCUGCUUUUAACGACUUGGAAGCAUUGACGUGAAGCUUGAACAUGGUUUACUUCAGAGACUCAAUAUCCUCUUCCUCCACGUCCAAGUACCUUGUAAUUUCAGAGCACAAAGAUAGUAAAAUGAAGACCAGAUUACUAGUUGAUACACUACUAACCGACUUAUAUGCAGCUUCGUGGCCAUCCUUGCAAAAUUCAUUUCUUUUGGUAGAUUGGACCUUGGAAAACACCAAACGUAAUUUCAAGAUAUGGACUCUUCAUUCCCAUAAUCACAAAGUUAAGAAUGUGGGAAGUUCCCUCUUAUGCUUAGGACGACGAAUCCUCAAAGGAGAAGUAUAAUGGAAAGAUUCUUUAACUUUUGGUGGCGAAUUUCAUUAUAUUCCCAGCUAUUGGGAGUGGACUAAAUAUAUCCUUAGUAGGAACCAUCUAGCAUUGAGGGCCAGCAAUAUUUAUGACGCUGUCUAUGACUCAUUGUUUACUUAUGACCAUUCUACAAGUAUUAUGCAAGCCGUUUUUUAGGCUUGGUGUCCUGUUAGAAUCACGUUGCUUACCUCAGUUGGAGAAUUAUCCAUAUCCUUUUGGGACUUGUGCGCUAUUGGGGGCUUGCCUUUAAUGGAGUCUCCUUAUGAGGAAGUUAUUCCAAAUACUCAAGAACUUAUAGGUGCUUACGAUAAGGAUAAAAUAUUCCUUCCACAAGCCUGCCAGCAAUUGUUUGAUGUAUAUCACCAACGACGAGAGGGAAACACUAAAAAUCAUUACGUCCCUGUGAGAAAAUGGAUAGAGUUUUGGAGAAAAAAGUUGUAAAGUAUGAACAACCUCCAGCGAGAAAAGAAAAGAAGUCAGCUUGUCCCAAAUCAACAUACAACCCUACUGGAGCCAUAGGUAAAAUGGUCAAUUAGUCGGAAGAUGAAGAUGCACUAUUUGUUAAACUUGGCGUUUGGAAGUGACCAGAAAGAUGAAGUAUACUUGGCUUCUUUUUUAUCAUGCUGGUUAUGUGUCUUUGUGCUCUCUACAAAAGAAGGCGACUUUAUUCGGCCUGUGACUUUCAAUAUUCCAGGACUUCUAGCGUGUGGGCAAAGAAUUAACCUCGCCGUUCAAAUCUUAGCAAGAAUUUACUGGGGAUUAAAUAAAAUUUCAUAUGGCUCAUUACUCGAUCCUUUUAAAGUUUACUUCCUAAUUCAUUAUAUGUAUGGUUGGUUUGCAUGUUACUUCAAGACUCAUUUUUCUCUAACAAACAGGCCGGCUACUCUUUUGAUGGCCAUAUACUCAAGUGAGGGAACAACCAGAUACUUUGGAAAUGAAGAUGCGAGAAAACUUAUUCAUGGAGGAGAAAAUGCCAUAUGGACUUCCACAAUGCCAAGUAAUUCUCAACCGUAUUACUAUCGUGAUGAUGGAAACAAGGAAGAGUCCGAGUCAAAUUAUUUUAUGAGUAUUCGAUCGAAUUACCUUCCUUUGAGGAAUGGAUCGACCUUCAUUGUGGAGCCUUAUAGCCCUUAUCACUUUAGUCGUCAAUUCAGUUUUUAUCAAGACAUCCCUGGUUGCUUGGAUCAAGAUUUUUGUGAGUGCUAUUUAGACAAAGGAUUUGAACUUUUACAAAUUUGUGUUUUGUCUAAAAGUAGGUCAAAGGCCACCUUUCCCCCUGUUAUGCCCAAGAUGAAGAAGUAUGUCUCAUUCCAUCAUAAGUCUUGGUGGGAAAGAGUGCAUGGAAACUUUCUUGAAAAUCACUUGCAAUCUUUGAUGAAUACCGCUGGGCCAGCUACUACUACACCUUUAGAGAUCAUGCCUCAAGAGCAUAACAGGGAGGUAAAGCCUCCUAUUUUAAAAUCCAAAGUGGUUGUACCAUGCGACGUCAAAUGACCUCCAUAUAAAGAAGUUCAAAAAAAAAGAAGGGACAUGUUCGGGCUCAUCAAGCAAAUGAGGGUUCCUUUCCAUUAGGCACCAUUAUUCCUACCUCCAAAAAAUUCCCAUCCCAAAAUGAUAGUGAUAGUAGUCAUGGAGAUCAAAACAUCAAGCAGGUGAAGCAAUAUUCAAACAAAUAAGGAGAUGCUAAUUUGGGAGUAGUCGAGAUUACUGACAACAUCGGUAGUGCUUCAAGGGAUUUGACGACUAUCAAAGAGCCAAAUGGUAUUCAUAUUUCAAUGGCGUCACACCAAAGCAAACCACAAGAUAGUAGCGAAUCCGUGGCGGAGCCAGGUUCUAGGAAAUCACUUCUAAUACCUAAACCAGACCUAGAGGCAACUUUCAUUCCUAGACUUGGGGCAAAAUCGGGGCCUAAUUUUAACCAACAAUUAGCACCAACGAUGUCUAUCUUUGAUGAAAGAAAGGUUGUCUUGACUCUUCGCAAAGAUUUCAUUUUGAAUGCCUGGGCUUAAAUUCAGGACAAACUCGAAGAUCUUACUGCAUACAAUGCUUCUUCUCUUCAAUUUAUGAUCCAUCUGAUUCUAGAGGAUAUGGACGGAAAGGGUAUGGAUAUUUCUCCUCUAAAAGACCUACUGACAUCUUUGUUCGAGAUUUCCACUUCAUACGACUAGGCACGAGCAACUCUUUCUGACAAGGUUGUGGAUGUUGAAAAAUCAGAGUCAUUUUUAAACGCAAAGGAACAUCUUGAUCUUGUCUUGAUUGAGAAAUGGGAGAAGGUCGAGAAAUUGUCUGCCACCAGUCAGUCUCUUAAAGACUCUUCCAGGUAUUUCCAAGAAAGAGGUUGAAGAGAUUGAAUCUAAUGUCUCAUCUAUUGAAGAGGAGUACCGUAGAUGUUCUGAUGUUCCCUUGGCAACCGUUGAUGACCUAGCCGAUGUGGAGAUGAAGAAACAACACCUAGAGGUAACCCUUAAAGACUUGGUCAAUUACAAUUUGUGUUUUGAUUAGUUCGCAUAGAGUAUUUUAUUAGCCUUUUUUUUACAUUUGAUUAACU